GGCUCCAAUGGCGGAGCUGGUGGAGGAGGCCCAUGCAGUCCCCGGAGUGGUCUCCGUGCUGUCCGCCAUCCUCGCGCGGGUGGCGGAGCGCAACGACGCAGCCGGCCGCCCCGUGUCGCCUCGCCACCUCGCGUCGGCCUUCCGCGGGCUGGCCAGGCCGGCCAUAUCGGUGCGCGGCUACCUGGAGCGCAUCUUCCGGUACGCCGGCUGCAGCCCCGCGUGCUACGUCGUCGCCUACAUCUACCUCGACCGCUUCGCGCGGCGCCACCCGGCCGCGUCGUUCGACUCGCUCAACGUCCACCGCUUCCUCAUCACCAGCGUCCUCACCGCCGUCAAAUUCAUGGACGACAUAUGCUACAACAAUGCAUACUUUGCAAAGGUCGGAGGGAUUAGCUUGAUGGAGAUGAACCACCUAGAAAUCGACUUCUUGUUCAGCAUCGGCUUCGAGUUGAACGUAACUCCUGCCAUCUUCAGCUCCUACUGCUCAAUUCUCCAGAGGGAACUGUACCUGCAGUCACCUCCUCCCCCUCCUCCUUCCACAAACCUGCAUUGCUGCUUGACAGAGGAUGGAUCCAGCAGCCGCCAGCAGAAGCAAGGAGCCGUUCAGCUAAUAUUCUUUGGCACAUAGUGUAGUUUCAAUCAAUCUGUGGCUAUAACCUUUGUCCUCUAUCCUUCUUCACUUUGGCAAUGGCGUGUACAGAAUUUGGUUCCUUGUUGUCAGAGCAUGAAUACAUCUUCUUCAUCA